UGUUUACCGUGGCAGUUUGAUUGUCAGUUCGGUAAUCCUCGAUGUAUUCCGCAGUACAAAGUAAACGAUGGUGUUAUCGACUGUUAUACGGGCUUUGAUGAAGUAAAAUUUAAUUCGUUGAUAAAUGUAUAUGGGAUUUAUACAAAUCAUUAUUAUCAGUUAUAUGUGUACGGAUGUCCACCUCAUUACUUUGUAUGCCACGAUAGAAGUGCCUGCAUUGAUUUUGGCAAGUAUCAAGAUGGUAAACCGCAUUGUCGAGACAAAUCUGAUGAACAUACUGCUGCUGCUGCUGCUGCUCAUAUUGGCAGCAAUAGCAAUGACAGAACUUGUCAAGCAGGCUAUUUCCUAUGUAACGAUCGAACAAAAUGUAUUGAAGGUAGUAAAUUUCAAAAUGGUGUUGAAGACUGUAAAGAUGGAUCUGAUGAAGAAGGUGAUCAAAGGAAUAAAAACGAAGAUAAGGAAAAAAACAAACUAGAAAUUAGAGAUGACAAUAAAUUUUUAAAAAAUUUAAAAGGUUUAAUAUUCAAUGUCAAAAAAAAGAAAUCUAUCAAAAUGGCACUAAUGCAUAGGUGUCAAGUUAGUACUAUUGUUGGACUACGUCGUACUUAAGU